AUGGUCUUUCACUUUGUAUCAGAAGAGGACCAGAGAAACAAAGAGUGGAUGAAAAGACCAGGUGCCUCAAAACCUUUCAGAGACAGGGAAGUCAGUCCUUUGAAGGUUGAUGUUUUAAGGGUACAAAAGAUCCAAGAGCGCCUUGGAGAACAGGAUGAGAAGACAAAGUCACUGCUCUCAGAGACUCAGUCUAGAGAAGAAGACACGUCCAUCAAUGGGCGGAAACAGCAUGGCUCGUUAAUCGUUCGAGUGGAAGACACAUGUGAUGAGAUAAUUCGUUCUACAAAUCUUAUAUUUCUGCUAGAGGAUGAGAUCUUUGCCGAUUUUUUCAACACAUUUCUCUCUCUCCCGGUCUUUGGUCAGACCCCAUUGUAUACUGUUGAGAAGUCACAGUGGAGCUUGUGGCCAGAAAUACCUCUUGAAUUGGUUUCCAAGUACAAAGGAUUAUUGACCUGGCUGGAAAAAUAUCGGUUACCUUUCUUCUGCAAAACAAACUUGUGUUUCCACUACAUUCUCUGUCGGGAAUUCAUCAGUUUCAUUAAGUCUGAAGAAGGAGCCAAGAUGAUGAGAUGGAAGAAGGCAGACCAGUGGCUCCUGGAGAAGUGCAUUGGCGGAGUCAGAGGGAUGUGGCGCUUCUGCUCCUACCUCAAGGGCAGUGCAGGUGAAGAGUUGGUGGAUUUCUGGAUCCUUGCUGAGAAGAUCCUGAGCAUAGAUGAGACGGACCUGAAAAUGAGAGACUACUACCUGUCCCUCCUUUUUGUGCUGAAGGCCACCCAUCUGCAGGAGGGAUCCAGGGUAGUAACUCUCUGCAAUGUGAACAUCAAGUCCCUCCUGAACCUCUCCAUCUGGCAUCCCAACCAGUCAACCACCAGAAGGGAGACCCUGAGCCACAUGCAGAAAGUGGCUCUGUUCAAACUCCAGAGCUACUGGCUCCCCAACUUCUACACCCAUGCCAAGGUGGCGAUGGCCAGCGAGGAAGCAUGCCAGUGUCUGAUGCAGGAGUAUGAGACGCGCCUGUACAGCAUUUGCUGCACCCAUGCCGGAGAGCUCCCUCUGAACAUGAGCAUCAGGAAAAGCCACCAUUGCCAAAACCACUACUCAAGCAGAAAGGCCAAGAAGAUGAUGUGGCAAAUGAUAGAAACUGGCCGUUGGUCUCUGGAAGCAAAUCCCAAACCAGAUAGCAGGACUAUGCCAACAGGGGAGAUGAGUCCUCCGGAGGAGAAGACGGUUGUGCAAAUGCCUUCCCAGAUAGUGGCUCCGAAGGAGACAAUAAUCAGUUCCCUGGAAAAUGACUGUCUCUAUGCUAAGAAGUCCACAAUGAAGAAAUCCAAGGGCUACCUCCACAUGGAGGGCCUCUUUGAGACAAAGUUCUCUACCCUUCUGAGGACUUCCACCCCUAUCAUUAAUCACUCCUCACAGAUGACCAUCCAGGAGGCCAUCAAGAAAAGCUUCCCCUUGGGGUACACAUAUUGGGCCCUGUGUGCUGAUGUCUAUGCAGGGAGUCCCUUUCGGCACUACCUCAAGAAGAUGAAUCUGAAAGUGGAGACACAACUCCUGGACCUUUGGCAGGACCUGCACCAUUUCAUCAGUGUGCUGAUGAGUAACAGGCAGCACGGGAACGCCAUCUUCCGUCACAUGCUGGGCCACAGGAUCUGUGAGCUCUACUUGAAUGAGCAGAUUGGACCAUGCUUACCACUCAAAUCUCAAACUAUUCAGGGCCUGAAGAAGUUGCUGCCCUCUGGGGAUGUGAGCCCCUGGAUUCCCAAAGCCCAGAAGGAGAUCUGCAAGAUACUCAGCCCCUACUAUAAUGAGUUCCUGAAUGAAGAGGACUACUGGUUUCUCAUUUUCACAACUCAGACUGGGUUCAUCAAAGCCCGGGGGCAUAAAAGAAAAUCUAUAAGCAAAGAAGAGAACAUUCUUCUUUAUAAGAGGAUUCAGCAAUCUCUGGAGUUAAGCCAGGCCUUGGCGAACAUGGAGGAAAUGGAUUCUAUGCAGUGGCCAAAGGUAGCUACUGAGGACCUCCGCCAAGCUGGGUCUCUCCGGGUAGAACUGCAGUCUCCAGUGUUUCUGGAAGACAUAAACAAAUUGACCUUCGAGGAACUCUGCUUUAAGUAUCCAAAGCUGGCCAUAAAGAAGAUCAGUGAGGACUACAAAUUAUACUGUGAGAAAGUACCUAACUUAGAUUUUAAGGUGCAAAUUGUCAAGGAACCAAAGGGGGUUGCACCCCCACAAAGGAAACUAUCCUUCCUCAAAAGAGCUGGUUUAAGGAAGCCCUCAGUGAGACCCAGGAACUUGGCAGAAGUCCUCUUAAGUUCACAGCACUUGGAGCUCUUCAAGGAGUUCCUCAGAGAACACAACGCGGAAGGCCCAUUGCAAUUCCUGAUAGCGGUACAGAAGAUGAAUAUGAAAUCCAGUGAAAAGACAUACAAGUCUACACUGGAAAAUAUAAUCAAGACUUUCUUCCACGGCAAACUGCCUCCUGAAGAAAUGUUGCAGUGUGAUGUCCCUCUCAUCAAAGAAAUCCCCCUUAUGCGUAAUGUCACGGCAAGCACGUUGUUAAUGGCCCAGAGCCACGUCAUGAGAUCUCUGGAAGAAAAGUGGUUUAAAGAUUACCAAGAUAUGUUCCCAUUUCAUCCUCCGGAGGUGGAACCUGAUGUACCACCUCUGCCUAAGAAGCCCUCAAAGAUAACAGAUUACCUGCAGGAUUCCCAGAAAAAAGGGUGGCUGAAAAUGAUCAGCUUUAUCAAGAGCUUUUGCAAAUACCGCAAAUUUAUUUUAAGUCCCAGUAAGCUCCAGGAAUUUAUAGACUAUCUUCACUUGGAAAUGUACAAUACCAAAGAAAAUUUCUCCACGUCACCCCAUACAUCGUUACGUCCAAUCUCAUUGUCCACAAAUAUCCGGAGUGCAGACCUGGAAAAUGGAGAUAUGAUCCUUAUGAAGCGCCGUAUAUAUGGCCACAGGGUCAUCACCGUCAACUUUGCAAUUAAUGAUUUAUAUUUCUUAUCUGAAAUGGAGAAAUUUAAUGAUUUGGUGAGUUCGGCUUACAUGCUGCAGGUCAACCGGACAUACACUGAGAAUGAUAUACAGCUGCUGCGGGCCAAGAUUAACAUUAUCCAAAGGCUCUUCCUGAAUUCCGACAUCCCUCCAAGGCUGAGGGUGAAUAUCUCUGAGUCCCAGAAGGAAGCCAUCCUUGCUGCCGUUACAGAGGGCCACCUAGAUCGGACCACCUUCCACGGGGCUGUCAUGUCCGUCUUCCCCGUCAUUAUGUACUUCUGGAAAAGGUUUUGUAUUUGGAAGGCUGCCCGCUCUUACUUGCAGUACACAGGAAAGUCGCUCAAAGAUCGAAGAAGUGCUCCUAAACCUGUGUACAAAAGCUCUCCUGGGAGUGGAGGAGACCAAGGCAUCCUAAGGUUCACCCUGCUCAGAGGUGUGGAGUGGUUUGGGCCUCAACAGCGAGGGGAUACAAGUUCAGUCCAAAAUUCUUCAUCUGGCAACCUUACCCAACUGAGAACAUCUUCCGUGCAGCUGUUUCCUGUCCAGGGGUAG